AUGGAACGUGGAUAUCCUGGCAAGGAAGAAGAACCUUCUAUUGAUGAAAAAAAAAAUGAAUGUGGGUAAUAGGCAGGAACUCCAGAAGGGAAGAAAGGUCUUCGUGAAUCAGCCUUUUGGUUCGCAAACAAGCCUUAUCACUUGCCUUGCGUUCCUAGUACGUUUUGCUGCCCGUCGACCUACUCUUCGGUUUCGUCGAAGUUUUUUGAGACUCCAAGUGAGGGAUCGACUUUGCUCUUAGGUGAGAUUAAAAAUAGAAACUCGAUUAUAGAAAAUUUAUUCUAGUGCAAUCAGCAAGCCAUGGUUCAUCGGUCUUAAGACAAAACCCGAAAGGAUUUGGCGUAGUUAUGCGAUGAUUAAUCGUAGACUAGCAUUUUACCUUUUUGGUAUGAAUUCCUUAUUCCUCGCAGUUUAUCAUCCCUUUUACAGCAAUUAUAAGUUUAGUUGUUUUAGUACAUCUUCGGAGCAGAUCUCGAUGGUAAGAUUUUUGCUCAGCUCAAGGUCUUUCUCUUUUUUUUCAGGUACAACUAUGAACAGUUCCCGCCUAAAAAGUUUUGCACAGGAGUCGAAAGAACGGAAAAGGUAAUGGUUUUUUUCAUGAGAAUAAUUGAUUUUGAUUCAAGAAUCAUGCUGGGAAAAGCUCGAAAGGUUUUAUCACAUUUCCGAUGACGUCGUUACGCUUCGCCGCUGGAAUCGGUGAGCUAUACGAAAGUCUGGAAAGAAUUUUGUGUUCAAUUUAGAAAAAUUUUUGCUUUGGUUUUUUUGGAACUACAUAGGCAAAGCGGAAGGACCCUCCGACGGUCCAUAAAGGCUUGAAUAUUUGAAUAUUUGAAUAUUUAUUUCGGCUUCUGGAAGGCUUCAUAAAGAUAGGGCCGCAAAGCCACGCCCCUUUUCGCGAUAGAAAAAGUGGCUUUUUUUUGGUUUUCAACUUUAAUUUUGCUGUAGUUGCAAAAUGUGUGGAACUGGAUAAUAAAUUUUGACACACAUGUAGAGAAAAAGCUUCCUCUUUCGUUUAAAAAAAUAUUUCACGCUUUUUUUGAUGCGUUCGCGCGGAAUGUCGUACAAAAAAACGUGAAUGGAACUAAAAAAAUUUUGUCAAUUUUUUUGCUUUUUUUCAUGUGUUUUUCAGGUCGAACGCACUCUUUCUUUUUUUAAAUAAUGAUUUUGAUUUAAGUAACGGUAAUUUUAAAACAAUAAAAAUAAAAAAAUUCGUCUUUGCCAAAAAAAUUUUUAGGGAGUGCCGAAAGUCAUAAUUCAAAAAUAUCGUUAAUAAGCGAAUAUAAUCGAGUUUUUUUGUUUUUUUAAGUUUAGAUCAUGGGCUUACUUAAAUAUUUCUCUACAGCAUCUGUGCUUGAAAAAAAGUUGUUUAAUACGCAAAAAAAUGUUCUUGAAACUAGAGGAUAAAAUUAGCGGCGUUUAUCACACCGAAAGCGGUCGAACGCAGGUUUUUUUAAACGAUUAUAUACAUUUAUUAGUAAGAAAUCUUUCAAUUAAAAUAAUAAAAAUAAAAAAAUUCGUCUUUGCCAAAAAAAUUUACGGGGCCGUUUUUAAUGCAGCGAUCGUUAAACGAGGCAAAAAAAGCACUAAAAAAACUGUUUUUUUCAAAGUGAAUUUCCACGGAAAGUUUGAGUAAAGAUUUGCGAUCAUAUUCUGAUAAAAACAGCUUAAUCACUUCAAGUUUUUCUUUUUGAAAUAGGCAAUCUGUGCAAUUCAAACGGCUCAAGGAUAUGGCGGAUGGAAGCUCCCCUCACCUAACAGCUUGGCGCAGCGCGUGCGCUGCGAAUUUUCUUUUUGAGGUCGCGAGUUCGAUGCCCGCAAGCGCCAGUUUUUUUGUUUUUCUGGAAAAAUACCGACUUUUUUUCGGCAAACUAGCAAAUUUUUAUCAUUUUUAGCACUCUGUGACCAUUCCUCUCAACUCGGCCGACCCUCCGAUCCGCGACGAAGCUCCGUUUCUGCGCCAGUUCUUCCCCUCGCUUGCCGACCGCGUUUCACUACUAAGCAUAGCGGUUUUUUGAAAGGUACUCGUAUUUUGUAUCAUUUAAAUAUUCAGAACGACAAAGUUUCCUUGUUUUGGUUCAACAGAAAAAAAAAAAAAAAAAAAAAAAAAAAAAAAAAAAAAAAAAAAAAAAAAAAAAAAAAAAAAAAAAAAAAAAAAAAAAAAAAAAAAAAAAAAAAAAAAAAAAAAAAAAAAAAAAAAAAAAAAAAAAAAAAAAAAAAAAAAAAAAAAAAAAAAAAAAAAAAAAAAAAAAAAAAAAAAAAAAAAAAAAAAAAAAAAAAAAAAAAAAAAAAAAAAAAAAAAAAAAAAAAAAAAAAAAAAAAAAAAAAAAAAAAAAAAAAAAAAAAAAAAAAAAAAAAAAAAAAAAAAAAAAAAAAAAAAAAAAAAAAAAAAAAAAAAAAAAAAAAAAAAAAAAAAAAAAAAAAAAAAAAAAAAAAAAAAAAAAAAAAAAAAAAAAAAAAAAAAAAAAAAAAAAAAAAAAAAAAAAAAAAAAAAAAAAAAAAAAAAAAAAAAAAAAAAAAAAAAAAAAAAAAAAAAAAAAAAAAAAAAAAAAAAAAAAAAAAAAAAAAAAAAAAAAAAAAAAAAAAAAGAUGUGAACUUGAUGGAUUGCGACGACAGUGAAUUUCUCAUCAUCGACGGAGAGUAUUUUCAGGUUUCCAAACGAUCCGAAGCUCAGUCAAAGUUUGGCAACAGUUCAGAGUUUUAAAUAUUUCCGCAACAUAGAGGUCGAGCUCCGUAGGAUGCUGGCGCCCAGCGAGGAGCAAAAAAGAAGGGCCAGGAGCUAUUUCUCGGAUAGCCUACAGAACACAUUCAAGUAUUCAUCUUCGGAAAACGAUUAACUUUUGUACACUCAGAAUUUGCUGCCACGUCCGGAGAGGCGACUUUCUGACAGACGCCAUGCACCAGGGGUCCGACCCGGACUUUCUUCUCAGAGCCAUCGCUUUCCUCACCAAUUACUGUUCGUAAAAAAAACCUUUCUAAACAAUUAUUCACCUUUAUAAAAAGUUCGGAUAGAGAGAAAUUUUAAAAAACUAAAAAAAGGAAAUCGCCACUUAAAUUUUUUUUUUUCAGAAAAAGCUGUUAAAAUUGUCAUUUUUCACCAGAGUAGAGUUUUAAAUCAAAACUUGCAAAUUUUGAAAAAGUAGAAAAGCUUCACGGAGAAAAAACUUUGGUGACAGCAGAAAAAAAUUGAAAUUUGAAAGAAACGAAGAAAAAAGCGAAGAUCCGAUGCCGUGUUCAAAGUAAUUUCCGCGAAAUGCAAAAUGAUCUCUGACUCUCCAAAAUAUAGUGAUCUUUUCCUUUCUCUAACGGGUAUUUUGCAAUUCGCGGAAAUUACUUUGAACACGGCACGAAAAAUCGCGAAGAAUGCUGUCCAUAGAGCAACUUUACUGCAAAGCGCCCUUUUGGCGGAAACUCAAACUUUCCUCUCUCCGAAUUUGAAUUAUGUUUCCUUCAAAACUAGGAGGUUCGGUACGUUUCUAAGUUUACCGUGAGACUCUACAAAGUACUGCUUUGAACUGAAACACCGUUUUUUUUAUGGCCCCUAUGCUUAAUCACUUGUGAGGUCGCUUAAAGGCAUAGGGGCAGUAUAAAACGGUGUUUCAGUUCAAAGCAGUAUUUUGUAGAGUUUUUCAUUGUGAAUCGAACGGUGAACUUGGAAACGUACAGAAGUUCCUAGUUUUGAAGAAAAAAAAAUUCAAAGUCGGAGAGAGAAAAGUUUGAGUUCCCGCAAAAAGGGCGCUUUGCAGUAAAGUUGCUCUAUGGACAACAGGUUUCGCCAUCUUCCGGAUUUUCGCUUUUUUCUUCGUUUCUUUCAAUUUUCAAUUUUUUUCUGUUGUCACCUAAGUUCUUUUCGUCACAAAAGCUUUCUAUUAAUGUAUAAAUUGCAAACUUUGAUCGCAAAAAUGCUUUUCUGGUGAAAAAUGAUGAUUUUACACAGGUUUCGAUUGAGAUUGCGAUAUUUUGUGUUUUGUUUAUUAUCAAUGUGUGUUUUCUGUUUUCUUAAUCGAUUUUUCAGAGAAGAAACCCCUAAUUUUAAGCAGAAAUCCGGUUAUUUAUCACAAAACGUGAGUCUAACGAGACGUCCGCAACGUCGCGUGCACGGCUACUGUAAACAGUUGUCUGCAUACCGAUCCAAAGCUUUUUUCAAAAUUAAAGGCGGGAAAGUAAAAUCGCGUUUUUCUUCUAAAGUUGUCACACCUGUAAUUGUUUUGAGUACACCAUUCGAUUCGCAAAGAAAAACUAUAUAAGAUACUGCUUUCACCUGAAACCCCAUUUUUUACUGCCCCUAUGCCUUUAACUUGCAAACUUCUCAUCGGGUUUUUCAUCGAAAUAACUUUUCUCCUCGUACUUUUGAAUUUUACAGUCCAGAGAAGAAAUGUGCACGUUAUCAUUUUCAACAACGAUCCUUCUUGGGUGAGAAAAGAAGUCAUUCCCGGGAUGUCCUUGUCGCCCGAAAAAGUCACCGUGACGACAACGGCGGCUUCUGAUUUCUUGGAGGAUCUCAUUUUGGCUCAGGUCCAUUGUGAUGCUUUUCUUCUCACAGGUGAACCGAUUCGCAUUUUUUUAAAUUUCCCGUUUAGCUCCGUCCUCGACUUUUGGCUGGUGGAUGGCAUUUCUUUCGAAAAACUCUUCAAACGUCUUCUAUCGUGA